AUAGUGUGGUUGCAGAAGCAAUGUUAGAAGACCAAAUCGCGGAUAUCUGGCCUGAAUAUCCCUGUUUGUAUGACGUUAGAUGUCCGGACUUUAAAAACAGAGAAUUGCUUGAACAUUCAUUUAAAGAAAUCGCAGAAAAACUUGGACAAACUGUUGAAUGGGUUAAAGCAAAGUUAAAGGCCCUGCGAAACAGCUACGUGAAAGCGAAAAAACCGGGACCGAGUGGAAGUGCGAGAAGAAACCCAACAAAAAGAACGACAUGGUUGUUGGAUAAGUUACAGUUCCUUGCUCCUCAUGUGGCCAUUAGGCCUUCUGUUUCAAGUCUAGACUCUGUAUCUCAUGACAAUUCACCGUUAGAUUCAAGUUUCAGUGAGGCUGGUGAAAAUAGUUUUGAAGAUUAUGGUCAAACACCUGAGCAAACAAGUCCCAUAAAUGAAGAGGAGGAUGAAAUAAUGGAAGUGACAAGGUCAACCUCUGAGCCCGUGAAACCGAGAAAAAGCACUUCUCGAAAGAGGCAAGCUGAUGAGGAGUACCAAUUAAUAAAAAAUCUAUCCACCUCUAUUGCAGAAAAGCAAAAAAAACAGAAAAUGACAGAGGGGAAAAGGGAAACUAGCAUGCUAGAAACUUUUGGCAUGUAUGUAACUAAGGCAUUGUCAGAGUUGGAUCCCAGAACAUGUCAUUUGGCACAGAACAAAAUAAACAACAUUAUUUUUGAAGCCCAAGCUGGCCUAUUAGUCCAAAAUUCUCAACCACCAAUGAUGAUGCAACAACACAGAAAUUUUUUCCAUCCAAUAAUUCAAACUGGCAUGACAAGUUCAAGCCCUCAACCUUCAUCAUCAUAUGCUGAACAGAAUUUUAUUUCAAAACCAGAUGGAGUGACUUCGGCAGUUGGAUGGCCAAAUCAGAAUUAGACUUAAAACUUAGGGGGACAUUCUAUUAACAAAAGUAACAAUUCAAAAACUUUUUUUAUUUUAUUUGUCUGUACUGACUAUGUUUGUUUUGAAAAAUUGGAACA